AGAGAAACAAUAAUGGCUUCCCAAACACCUCAGCUCCACUUCGUUAUCUUCCCAUUCAUGGCACAAGGCCACAUGAUUCCCAUAAUGGACAUAGCAAAGUUAUUGCUUCAGCGCAAUAAUGUUAUUGUCACGGUAGUCACAACCCCGCAAAACGCAGCAAGAUUCACAUCAACCGUUGCUCGUUUAAUCGAUUCUGGUUACCAAAUUCGACUAAUUCAGCUUCAGUUUCCAUAUCAAGAGGCAGGUUUGCCAGAAGGGUGUGAGAAUCUUGACAUGCUUCAUUCACUUGGCAAUGCCUUGAGUUUGUUCACUGCACUAAGUGUUCUAAGGGAACCUGUGGAAAAACUCUUUGAAGAGUUGUCGCCCCCACCAAGCUGCAUAGUCUCUGAUAUAUGUCUCCCGUACACAAUCCACAUUGCUAAGAAAUUCAAUGUUCCAAGGAUUUCUUUUUCAGGAGUGAGUUGCUACUAUCUCGUCUGUAACGAUGCUUUGCGCUUCAGUAAUGUGACAGAGAGCAUAAAGGAUGAAUCAGAGUACUUCAUUAUACCGAGUCUACCAGAUGAGAUUGAAGUCACCAAAGCGCAGGUACUAAGUCUAGCGGACGCGAACUGGAACAAGUUUUAUGAAGAGAUAUACGCGGCCGAAGCAGACAGUUAUGGAAUAAUCAUAAAUUCCUUCCAAGAGUUGGAGCCUGAGUAUGCAAGCAUAUACAAGAAGCAUAGAAAGGAUAAAGUGUGGUGCAUCGGUCCGGUGUCACUAAGCAACAAGGAUCAGUUGGAGAAGGCUCAAAGAGGCAACAAGGUUUCAACUGAAGAGUGGAUGCACCAAAAAUGGCUUGAUUCUCAAAAGCCUAAGAGUGUAAUUUAUGUAUGUCUUGGAAGUUUAUGUAAUCUAACUGCAACUCAGUUGAUUCAGAUUGGUUUAGCCUUAGAAGAAUCAAAGAGACCUUUCAUUUGGGUCAUAAGGGAAGGGAGUCAAUUAAAAAGGCUAGAAAAGUGGAUUAAGGAAGAUGGGUUUGAAGAAAGAAUCAAAGAUGAGAGUCUUAUAAUUCGAGGUUGGGCUCCUCAGCUACUAAUACUAUCACAUCCUUCUAUUGGAGGGUUCUUGACACACUGUGGCUGGAACUCUAACUUAGAAGCUAUAUGUGCUGGUGUGCCAAUGCUGACAUGGCCCUUAUUUGGCGACCAGUUUCUGAAUGAAAAACUAGUUGUCAAAGUACUAAAAGUUGGAGUGAUGGUUGGUGCGAAAAGUCCUAUGGUGUGGGGGAAAGAAGAGGAGGUUGGUGAAUUGGUUAGGAAAGAAGAUAUUAAAAUAGGAAUAGAAAAGUUAAUGGAUGGGAAUAAUGGUGAAUGUGAAGAGAGAAGAGAAAGGGUAAGACAGUUGGCUGAAAUGGCUAAAAGAUCUGUAGAAGAAGGAGGAUCUUCUCAUAGUAACUUGACUAUGUUUAUCCAAGAUAUUUUGCAUAAAAGUUUGGGGGCUGUAUAUGAUAAUCUAGUUGACAAAAACUAAUGGCACAAUAUCUUUUUUGCAUAUGUAUGAUUAUUUUGUUCCAUAGUGCUAUUAAUAUGGAAUAAAUAUCAAUAUGGAGGCCCAACAAGGAACUUAUGUUUAUUUGGAAAGCAUGCCAUAAAUUAAUACCGUAUUAGCAAAUCUUUGUAAGAAAAAAAUUAAUAAAUAAUCCUGUAUGCCCAAUUUGUAAUUAUGAACCUGAAACUAUUAAACAUUGUCUAUUAAGAUGUCAAUGUACAUAUCCCCUAGUGAGCAGAAUGUUUGAUCUCUAAACAAUUGGUUAUUAAAACUUAAUUCAACGGAUGAGGGACUUGGGCAGAUUUCUGUGGCAGCAAAAGUUAUU